AUGAAUAGAAGAGACCGCCUUCAAGUGAAGAGAACCCCCGACUCGACAUUGAACUUGGGGAUGGAUGAAACAAUCAUACUUCAAGCGGCGGCUCCAAAGGCGAGGGCUAACAAGAGUGUAGAGCCGAUGGAGGGAAAUGGAUAUGGUCAGGAAAGGAAGGGUAUAAAAGACUAUCCCAUUUACAUGGCCAUUGCCAUUCCAUAUGUUCUGUUUUUCUACAUGGCCAUAAAGAGGCCAAUGGACUCGAUGAUUUUGACAAAUCUGAUGGAGGAAAUAAAUAUACUGAGGGAGGAAAACUCUAGGAUAAGUAGCCAGAUUGAAAUGAUGAAGCAUAUAAAGGAAGUGAAUUAUGCGAAGAUCGAAGAAGGGGCAAGAAUAAGAAUUGAAAGCAUGUCUCAGCUGUUUUCGUAUGGAUUUCUGGGCUUUAGAAAGCACAAGGAACCAUCAACUAUAUUUGAUGAGAAUGUUGGUAUUGGAGAAUGUCUAGCAUUCAAAGGGGCUGGAUGUAAGUUUUCCAUCGAUCUUGAGAAGGAAGCUGCUAUCAGCAAGAUUGGGCUCUACCACCCUGUUACAAAGGAUACAAGUAGUGCAAUUCGUGAGUUCGAGGUUUUUUCUAAUAGCCCUGAGGGAAAUCUACUUCUGGGGAGGUUUGAAUAUGACACAAGCACAUGUGGGUUCCAGACCUUUGAAUGGGAGGAAACACCAAUCAGUUCUGUUGAGAUUGUUGUUCGAAGCAACGGAGGAAACAAGAAGUACACCUGCAUAUAUAAAGUAUAUCUUUUUGGUAAUAAAUAA